AUGCGUCCUCCACUACGGAUCGCGGUCUUAGAAUGCGAUACCCCGCUCCCCGAGACCGACAGUCGCUAUCAUGGAUACGGAGGAGUCUUCACGGCUCUUCUGAAAUCCAGCGCGAAGACAUUUAAUGAUGGCGACCGUCUUGACCCUGAAGCUGAUCUCCACAUCUCAAGAUGGGACAUCAUGAGCAGGAUGGAAUACCCGAAGCUAGAGGAUAUCGAUGCAGUGCUUCUGAGUGGCUCAAGGUAUAAUUCAUAUGAAGACGUGCCGUGGACCAACCGACUCGUGGAAUUCACCCAGUCAAUCCUAGCACAAGGUCGCGUCCGUCUACUCGGAAUCUGCUUCGGCCACCAGAUCGUGGGCCGCGCACUCGGUGUGAAAGUCGGUCCUAGUGAUCAAGGCUGGGAGACUGCUGUCUGCGAAGUGGACUUGACAGUCAAGGGGAAAGAGUUAUUUGGAAGGGACAAGCUCCACAUCCAGCAAAUGCAUCAGGAUAUUGUCUCCGAGUGUCCCUCAGGAGUGACUCUCCUCGGAUCCUCACCACGUUGCGCUGUCCAGGGCAUGUACUCGCCCCGUCGCUUUAUAACGGUCCAAGGACAUCCCGAAUUCAAUGAGGAGAUUGAGAUCGAAAUCAUUAAGAAUCGGACCAAGGCGGGCGUAUUCAGUGAAGAUCAAGCGCAGGAGGCCCUGAGCAGGGUUGGAAAUGAACACGAUGGUGUUUCUAUCGGAGCGACCUUUCUCAACUUUCUACUGGAAGAUUAA